AUGUUACAACGCGUCGAGAAUAAUUUACAAGAUAUUUUAUGUGCAGUCGAAACAUUGACAAGAUAUUUAUCAAGAAUAAAAAAUGAUGAAUAUUUUAAAAUAUUUUUUGAAAGUAUUCGUGCUGAAGCAAAAUUUCUGACGGACGAACCAUCACUACCACGAAUACGAAAACCACCAGCAAGAUAUGCUGAUUCAUUACCACUACCAAUAUUCCAUGAGACAAUCUAUGAUUUCUAUCAUCAUGAAUAUCUUGAUGUCAUUGAUAAAAUUAUAAAUUUACUUGAUUCUCGCUUUAAACAAUCAGUUUUUCCAUUGUUAUGCAAAGUUGAACGUUUUAUUAUUUCAAAAGCUAAUGGUGCAACAGAUGGUGAUGAUCCAGUAGUUUUAAACGAUAUCAAUGAAUUUUUAAUUGAAGAUAUUGACGUUGAACGAUUACAGCGUGAAUUAAUAAUGCUACCUGAUUUCUUUGCUAGUGUAUGUGGUGAAAAAAACAUAAAU